AUGCUGAAAUACGUUCAAGGUACGCCUUAUGAGUCCUUAAUCGUCGGCGCUCCACGAGAACUCUUCCCCGGCGAGCGUCGGGUCGCGCUAACCCCUCAGAAUGUUACUCUACUAAAGAAGAAAGGCUUUGGUCAAGUCCUCGUUGAGAACAACGCUGGCGCAGAGGCGCAAUUUCCUGACCAGGAGUAUGCCGCUGCUGGGGCAACAAUGGUCUCGCAGCAGGAGCUUUACAGUCGCACCGACAUUAUGCUCAAAGUUAGACCACCUACUGUGGAGCAAGAAAUCAAGAACCUGAAGGAAGGGAGCACAGUUAUAUCUUUUCUGUAUCCCGCACAGAACAAGGGCGUUGUAGAUGCUUUAGCAUCACAGAAGGUUAACGCAUUUGCCAUGGACAUGAUUCCACGCAUAUCGCGCGCUCAAACGUUCGAUGCGCUAAGCUCUAUGGCUAAUAUUGCAGGGUACAAAGCGGUUUUGGAGGCCUCCAAUCAGUUCGGCAGGUACUUGACUGGUCAAGUUACUGCAGCUGGCAAGAUACCCCCUGGGAAGGUUUUGGUCAUUGGUGCUGGUGUUGCUGGUCUUAGUGCUAUCGCAACUGCUCGUCGACUUGGUGCAAUUGUGCGCGGGUUCGACACUAGAUCGGCUGCUCGGGAACAAGUCCAAUCUUUAGGAGCAGAAUUCCUUGAAGUUUCUAUUCAAGAGGACGGUAGUGGCGGCGGAGGCUACGCAAAGGAAAUGUCCAAAGAGUUCAUUGAAGCAGAAAUGGCACUCUUCAUGGAACAGUGCAGGGAUGUUGACAUUGUCAUCACUACGGCUCUUAUCCCAGGAAAACCGGCACCGAAACUCAUUCUUAAGGACAUGGUUGAGGUUAUGAAGCGGGGUUCAGUUAUCGUAGAUAUGGCAGCGGAGAGUGGUGGCAACUGUGCAGUCACAAAACCCGGCCAACUUCAUGUCCACAAUGGUGUUACCGUCAUUGGCUACACGGAUCUACCUUCACGACUUCCUACCCAGUCGUCAACGUUGUACUCAAACAACAUCACCAAAUUCCUGCUGUCCAUUGGUGAAGAUAAGAACUUUGGCAUCAACCUCAGCGACGAAGUGGUCCGAGGCUCAAUCGUCGUGCAAAACGGUGAAAUACUUCCUCCCGUUCCUCGAGCUGCUCCCCCAGCUCCGACACCACCGCCAACGCCGAAAGUGGAGGAAAAGGAGGUCACUGCGAUAACACCCUGGCAGAAGGCAACGCGUGAAGUUGGUUUUGUUACAGCGGGUAUGGGCACAGUGAUUGCUUUGGGUAAAGCGACUGGCAUCGCUUUCAUGUCGAACUUCUUCACCUUUGGUCUCGCCGGCCUCGUUGGAUAUCGUGUGGUCUGGGGUGUUGCUCCUGCGCUGCACUCUCCAUUGAUGUCAGUAACCAACGCAAUCUCCGGGAUGGUGGGCAUUGGAGGUCUGUUCGUUAUGGGCGGAGGUUAUUUACCUCAAACUGUGCCCCAAAUGCUCGGCGCUGCUUCUGUACUUUUGGCAGCUGUGAACGUAGCAGGUGGUUUUGCUAUCACUAAGCGCAUGCUCGACAUGUUCAAGAGACCUACGGAUCCGCCAGAGUAUUCGUGGUUAUACGGUGUCCCGGCUGUAGUUUUCACAGGUGGAUUCCUUGCUGCUGCAAGCACUGGAAUGGCCGGCUUGGUUCAAGCUGGUUAUUUGGCUAGCAGUGUCCUCUGUAUAGGCUCGCUGUCGGGGCUUGCUUCUCAAGCCACAGCUCGUCAAGGCAAUGUACUGGGAAUGCUUGGUGUAGGCUCUGGUAUACUUGCAUCUUUAGCUGCUGUAGGAUUCCCGCCAGAAGUCCUUGCACAGUUUGCAGGAGUUUCCGCCAUGGGUGGUCUCAUUGGUUCGAUAAUCGGCCGAAGAAUCACCCCGACUGAGCUCCCACAGAUGGUUGCUGCUCUGCACUCUGUUGUCGGGCUCGCUGCUGUCUUCACUAGCAUAGCUAGCGUCAUCUCCGACCCAUCACACAUUUCUAUGCUCCAUCAGAUUACGGCAUACUUGGGUGUUGUCAUCGGAGGUAUCACCUUCACGGGCUCGAUUGUUGCGUUCUUCAAGUUGGCAGGUCGUAUGAGCUCGAGGCCAUUGAUGCUUCCGGGCAGACAUAUCAUCAACUCGUCUCUUUUGGGCAUGAACGUGCUCACCAUGGCUGCCUUCAUCAAAGCUGCCCCUACCGUUCCUCUCGUCGCUGCCGGAUAUCUUGGUGCAAGUGCUCUGCUGAGUUUCAUCAAGGGUUACACGACGACAGCCGCCAUCGGAGGCGCAGACAUGCCGGUGGUCAUCACUGUUUUGAAUGCAUACUCGGGUUUUGCACUCGUUGCUGAAGGCUUCAUGCUUGAUAAUCCACUCUUGACCACUAUCGGCUCCUUGAUUGGCGUUAGUGGUUCGAUCCUGUCGUACAUUAUGUGCGUUGCCAUGAACAGGUCCCUAACGAAUGUUCUCUUUGGUGGUAUUGGUACUGUUGCACCGACGGAGACAACGCAAAUUGAGGGUCAGAUCACGAAGACUUCGGUUGACGAGACUGUUGAAGCAUUAACAAAUGCUGAUAGUGUCAUAUUGGUUGUGGGAUAUGGCAUGGCAGUAGCGAAAGCUCAGUAUGCUAUCGCAGAGAUUGUAUCAACGUUGAGAGCUAAGGGUAUAACCGUCCGCUUCGCCAUUCACCCUGUGGCUGGACGCAUGCCCGGUCAGUGCAACGUGUUGCUCGCCGAGGCCUCUGUCCCUUACGAUAUCGUUCUCGAGAUGGACGAGAUCAAUGAUGAUUUCGGCGAGACUGAUGUUACCCUAGUCAUUGGUGCCAACGACACCGUCAACCCCAUUUCUCUGGAGCCUGGCUCCCCGAUUGCUGGCAUGCCCGUCCUCCACGCCUGGAAGAGUAAGCAGGUAGUCGUGAUGAAGCGUGGAAUGUCUACUGAUGUACCCAACCCGAUGUUCUACAUGCCCAAUACGAAGAUGUUGUUCGGCGAUGCAAAGGACACUUGCGAUGCCUUGAAAAGAGGGCUGGAGUCAAGGAAUUAA